AUGUUGAAAUAUUCUUCAUUUAUAUUUGCGGAUUUGGGUGGGAUAUUUGAAAUUGGCGGUAGUGAUCAACUGGGGCACUUAGAUGCUGGUUAUGAUUACAUUCGUCGACGAACAAAACGUCUGUCGGCGGGCAUAUGCCUGCCUCUGAUCACAGAUUCUUCUGGUAAUAAGCUGGGCAAAUCCGUAACGGAUUGCAAGGAGAGCGUUUGGUUGUCUGAAAAUAAGACGUCUCCGUACGCAUUUUAUCAGUUUUUCAGACAACAACCUGACAACCAAAUUGUUCCAUUGAUGAGGUACUUUUCAUUGAAAUCAUUGGAUGAUAUGAAUGCGAUCCUAUCAGAACACGAAUCUAAUUUGGGCAAAUGGAUAGCACAAGAAGAACUUGCGAAAGAAUUAACGCAAUUGGUACAUGGUGCAGAUGGUUUACGGCUUGCUCAACAAUGCUCUAAUGCGCUCUUUAAAGGUUACGCCAUACUUGUUUUGUUUUUUUUUUGGUUUGUUUUUAUUAUAAAUGAUCACAAUGUCUUGUUUGCGAUCCUUGUAUUCGUAUACAAUUUGGAAGUGACUAUAAGAGCUGGUUCAUUAAAACUAUGUAUGUGA